AUGCCUCUUUUAUCGCUUCCAAGUGAGAGGACGACAGUUUCUAGAUCGUUGCAGGUUAUAAACAAUGUCAACUGUGUGAUUAGGGAAUUGGUCGAAAAUUCCAUCGAUGCAAAGGCAACAAGCAUAGAGAUUCGACUUACCAAUAGCGGUCAUGAUUUGAUCCAAGUUUCUGACAACGGUACUGGUAUUAGCGAGUCUAACUUCGAAAUCCUAGCUAGAAAAAAUACGACUUCCAAGAUUAGAAGGUUUGAGGACCUUUAUUCAUCGCUAAAUACCUUUGGGUUUCGGGGUGAAGCGCUUUACUCUCUCUGUAACGUUUGCGAUGUUGAAGUUGAGACUAGAAGGGCAGAUAUAAACUAUGGCUGGCACCUAAAAUACGAUGCCGAUGCUAAUUUGGUUGAAAAGACCAGAAUCGCAGCAAAUGUGGGAACAACAGUGAGUUGCAGGGAACUGUUCAAACCGUUUCCUGUUAGAAGGAAGUUAUUGCUAAAGUCUGGAAAGUCGCAACUUCCAAAUGGAAUCUUUUUAUUACAACAAUAUGCUCUUGUGAAUCCACACAUUCGUUUUUACCUUUCAAACAAAACUACAUCAAAUCAGAACAUUUCAAACCUAUUUUCAACCUCCGGAAAGGCUGAAAAUAUGAAACAGGUUGCAGAGGAAAUAUUUGGAAAGACAUUUGUUGCAAACUUGAUUGAAGUAGAUAUUAGCACCAGAGACUGGAAUCUUAGGGGAAUGAUAAGUUCUCCACAUAAUGGUAAACAGUAUAAAGAUGUUGAAUUCUUUUUUAUAAACAAUCGUCCUGUGGAUAAUUCUAGAAAGCUCAGGUCUUGCAUCGUCGGAGUCUACAAGCAAUUUUCAAGCAGGCUUUAUCCGUCUUUUAUUUUAAACUUGUCGACGGAUUCUGUUAAUGUUGACAUUAAUCUUGCUCCUGACAAGAGAUCAGUAUUUAUUUAUUCGGAGGAUAUAAUCAUCAAUAAGUUAAAGGCUAUGCUCUUUGAACUUUUCAUGCCAACUAGAUCGCAGACUAUACCGCAAUUCAACGUUGAUAUUUUGGACCAAUUUUUACACAAGGAUGGCGUUGAGGAAGAUAAGACCAUAAAGGUAAAGAUUUCCGAUGAAGAUGCACUACGCCUAAAAAAGGCCCCUAAACUGGAGGAGGAACCGGUGUCUACUAAGAAUGACCAAGAAUGUGAUAAUAAAGAACCAAGAAUAUCAGUUGAAUCAAAACUAUCUAGACCUGCACCUGAGAGUGAUGCAAAACGGGAUCUCUCGAUUUUAAAUCUCUCGGAGUAUCGCCUAGAGAAAUCACAACCAACAGAACCAAUAAAGUUACCUACUGUAACAGUCCCACAGAUAGAGGUUGUUAAAAAACCAAAGAUAUCUGCUCCAAUAAAAUCAAAAGAGCCACUUUCCCUUUUUGAUUAUCUUACAACGAGACCCGUACGUAAGCAUUGCAGUAAAAAGCGAAAUGUGGUCCAUAUCGAUAAAUCUCGCUUAUAUAUGAAAAAGGUCUUCAAAUCCCUCUUGGGUGAUAAUGAUGAAAGCACUGCAAGCGAUGCACAAACGGAUUCUAUCGAUGACCAUGAUCUUAUGGAUCCUAGUGUUUUUAAGGAGAUGAAGCUUUGUGGCCAAUUCAAUAACGGAUUUAUAAUAACAAUACUAAAGGAUUCUAAAAUUAGACAGGGUUUUGACUAUUCAAUAUACAUUAUCGAUCAGCAUGCCGCUGAUGAAAAGGCUAGGUUUGAAGAUUAUAAUCAGAGGGUGAAGAUUAAGAAGCAAAAACUUAUCAGUCCUAGGUUUAUUGAACUUUCUCCAUACCUUUCACAGGUAGCUCAAUCGCAUUGUGACACUCUAAACUAUAACGGUUUUGAAACAGUCACAAAGAGCGCUCCAAACAGAUCUUCGCAUGGAAUUUAUGUAAAUUCAUUUCCACAGUUGUUUGGGAGGAUACUCAGUGAAGACGAUUUAAUAUCAUUUCUCAACGAUUUAUCAAACUCUGUGGCCACAAUUCAAGACGAGAAACAAAUAUCAAAGCAGCUAAUUUGGGGAAACAGCAUAAUACUUCCAAGACCUAUAAAAAUCUGGAGCAUUUUGGCUACACGAGCAUGUAAAGAUGCCAUAAAGUUGGGUGAUGCUCUUUCUACGGACAAAAUGCGUUCUAUCAUCAAGAAGCUCUCGACUCUUGUACACCCCUGGAACUGUCCGCAUGGAAGACCCACCAUGAAGUGUCUAAUUUCGAGCUCUCAGCUAAAUAGCAUCUUUUCUAAAAAAUGA